CCAAAGUGACCCUCCAUAUUCCCGGGGAGAAGCCACUCAACCACGUAAUCCACCAAGGGUAAAUCGGUCAUUUGCACUAAAGUCCAUGAAUAAAGGAAGAAGAAACAAACGGAUCUUUUUAAUAUUUUUUUCAAAUGAUUUCGCUGUAGAAAAAGAGAAGACUGAUAAAUCAAAAAAAGCAGCAACUUUUUCAAAGGAGAAGAAACCCCCCAUAGCCAUGAGCCAUCAUCAUCAACAACAUCAUCAUCAAAAUCAUCAUCAUCAUCAGCAUCAAUCGAUGUUGAUGGAAGGAAUGAGAGAAGAGAAAUGGAUAAAGCACUAUUCAUCUCGCCACAGUAUACUUUUAGUUGGCGAAGGAGAUUUCUCCUUUUCAUGGUGUUUGUCUUUGGCUUUUGGUUCCGCCGCCAACAUUUUUGCCACUUCUCUCGACUCUUAUGAUGAAUUGGUGGUGAAAUACAAGAAUGUGAAAGUGAAUUUGGGGGUUUUGGAAUACCUAGGGGCAUCCCUUUUACAUGGAGUGGAUGCAACCACGAUGAACACUCACCCUGCUCUUCAAUGGAGGAAAUUUCACCGCGUUAUUUACAAUUUCCCUCAUGCCGGCUUUUUCGGUGGUGAAAGUAAUCCCGAUCUUAUUACGAUGCAUAGGAAUCUAGUACGAGGGUUCUUGUGGAACGCAAAAACAAUGCUGUGGCCGGACGGUGAAAUUCACAUCAACCACAAGAUCACAGCUCCAUUCGACACCUGGCGAAUCGAGGAGCUAGCAUUAGAGUGUUCGUUAGUUCUCGUUGGGUUAGACAAUUUCAAGAUCAAAGACUACCCAGGCUACGAAAACAAACGAGGCUCGGGUUCCAGAUCCGACGAGCCAUUUCCUCUCGGGGAGUGCAGAACUUUUAUAUUCAAACCGAUGGUCGUCCAAGUGGGCCCCGCCUCCACGUCGUACGAAAUGAUGAUGACGGCACCGCAGCCGCCACACGUGGACAAUAAUGCGGACGAGUGCAUGAGAAUAUUCGGUGAUUAUCUUAAUCACGUGGAGGCGACUUUUGGUAGUGCUGAUUGUGAUGUACAUCACUCUGUUUGCGAGGCGUUGAGAGUUGGUUACGAAAGGUACAUGGGAGGGGGGUUUGGGAGAGAAUCGAGUGGUUAUAUUGGGGUUUUGUACGAACUUCACCAUUUGAGUAUUUUGAGAUCUCAGAGACUGAGGAACAUGAGAUUGGUUCUUGAUCAGCAACAAUGGUGAUUGUUUAUGUAUGUUUGAUCUUUUGUAUUUUGAAGAACCCUUGUAAUUUUGUAAAUGAAUGAUGGUAGUAAGUAGUAAGGGUGUCCUGUAAAUGCUGCUCUUUUGAGUUGGGGGUGUAUCAAUACUAGGAGUGUGAACAAGCCGAGGUCGGCUGUUUCGAGCUCGAGUCCAUUUUGUCGAACUUAUCGAGUAUUUUUUUGGCCCGAUUUUGACGAGCUCGAGCUCGAGUCCCAAGCUCAUUUUGGUUUUUUCCUUGU